AAAGACAUAUAUAAAGAGGUGCCAAACAAACCCUAACUGUGUGUUGCGCCUCCACACAGAGAAAGAGUUGAUAGGUGGUGGCUGCUGCGGAAGCGGUUCUGCGCCCAACACCUUUCGCAGCAGCAACAAUCCAACGGUUCAGAUGGCACAAUCUAUCUCACAAGCCAAACGCGCCCUUGUUUUCGCCGUUAACCGGCGAGGGUAUGCAGUGGCUUCUGAUGUUUCUUCUUCUUCGUCGAUGAGAGGGGGUAUGAGCGGAAUAGAGAAGGGUGUAGCAAAGAAUGGUUCGGGUCCAUCAUCGGCUUGGGCCCCAGACCCAGUGACGGGAUACUACAGGCCCAUCAAUCACAGGGAUGAGAUUGACCCGGUGGAGCUCCGAAAGAUGCUGUUGAACCACAAAGGCAAAUCAUCUUAGAGACACAACACAAACCUCUUUUCAAUCAAAUGUUUUGUUGUGUGGUUUUAUCUCUAUCUAUUUCUAGAAUCUUCUUUUAUCCUUUUCAUGCAUGAACAAAUUAACAAAGUAGGUUUGGCUUUUACAAUAAUAAAACGUUAUCGUUUCGUUUCU